AUGCCAGAAGUCGCGAAGCAGGAUCUGAUCGCCGACGUUUUGCAGUGUGGCUUAGUUCCCCUAUCAGACUUUGCGGCUCUUGGUACCCAAGGAGAUGACCGAGCCGGUAUAGCGUUUGAUAACGGCAGAACCAUGAUUCUUCCCUUGAAAAGUCUGGCAGGCGAGCUGAAGUCCACUGGCGACGGAUCUGACAACCAAACGACUGCAAUAGUUCUGUACGAUUUUGAUACGCGCUAUAAGAGUGAACUACCUUUGAGGAAGGGAGAGACGAUCGGCAUUACCGGCAAGAUAGAUGAAAACUGGUUCGAGGGAACAAACAAAGAUGGACGGACCGGAAUCUUUCCCGCUAGCUAUGUACAACUGCAAGAACGGAUUUCUGGACGAACAACGUUUGCUUCAGCACUCGAUAGCGGAAGCAAGGAGCCUAAGUCCUCAAGUGUAUGCGAAUCUUUAUCAAAACUCAUGGUAAAUGGAGUGGCUUACAAGCGGAGUGAUCCAUUUGGCAUAGUGAGCGAAAAGGCAGUGUUUUCAUCGAUAGCCAAACCUCUUACCUCGUCGCCGUUACCAAAGUCCCAGACAAAUCUAGCGACCACGACUGUGUUUAAGACGUCCGCCGAGAGCAUACCUGACAACGCCACAACGUACAAAGCUAUCUAUGACUACGAACCUCGCAGCGCUGAUGAAUUGGAAGUGAAAGCCGGGGACAUAAUAUUCGUUUCAGAGUUUUGCGACGAUGGCUGGUUUCUUGGCACGUCUCUACGAACUGGCCAGCGCGGCACGUUUCCAGGAAAUUACGCGGAACGCUUCUGA